AUGAACUGGGUCGGGGGUUCCAGGAGCAGAUUGGUGAUGAAGAGCGAUACUAAGAAGCAGAGGGAGUUCUUUGAAAGGAGGAAAAUGCAGAAGAGGCUAAUAAAGUCGGGGAGAGCUCUGCCAUCAUCCCCCGGAGACACCUCCGCUGGUUCAGGCAGCAUGGACCUGGUCACCCUGUUCAUUGUCAACCAGAUUGCUGCUAAAAAGGAAACUAAAGAUCUUCCUAAAGUGGCAGUCCUCGGCAGCGGCAGGAUAGGAUCAAGAAAGCAAAAUCAUCCCCUGGUUCUCCCGAUGAGCCCCUGCUCUCCAUCACAGCUCAGUCUGGUCGAGAGCCAUUCACAGUGCAGUUUAAUCGCAGUUAGAUCACGUUCAUUGAGCAAACUUCUGAGGCUGCAGGAGCUGUCAGAGUACUUGUUGUCACCGGUGCUGGAGUCAGCUUUCUCAGACAACAGUGCGUCUGACUACCGGCAGAGCGUGAGCAACCCCCUCAGCCCCUUCUCCUCCACUUCAACAGCCUCUUCAGGCCAAGGAAUUUUCCCACUGAAGCUGAACCUUCGGCAGAGAGGUCAGUCACAGACACAGGAACCUCCACCCUGGGACACUUCAGGCCAGGAGCAGAUCAAGUUCCAGCCUUUAUCCCACCCCAGAGGUAUGACGGACAACAUGCCCUGGUCCUGUGGAUCAAAUCCUCCCCUCUACCAACUGGAGACACCCACAGUUGAGCAAGUCCUGUUUGGAAGUCCAGAACCAGACGACACAGAGGUAAGAGGGCCUGCAAGACACGAGGUCAACGUCUCCCUCAAUAACCAACCAGAGGAGGAGGAGCCCAUGAUGGACUUCAUACUGAACCAGUCAGAGUGCGAGCAGCAGUUUGAGGAGGACCUCUUCAGGGGCUUUGUUAAUGAAGACAACGAAAAAGAAGCUUUUCAUACUGGGAGCUUAAAAUCAAAGAUCUAUCUCAAAAAUGAAACACCACUCAAAUCCUCAGCACCACAAACUGUACCAGAAUCACAGUGCAUGGAAAUGGAGCUCUCCAACUCUGGUGUCACGAACUUUUCAUGUCCUGGACACAGUAGCUCCCUGAAUGACUGUGGAUAUUUACCAAGUUUCUCUUCUACAGGAUGUUACCUCAGUUCAGACUCUACUGACGACGAAGAUUACUGCCCACCAUGUCUCCAGCCUUCUGCUUCUUCAUGUGUGGAACGAGCCUGUUGUGUAGACACCUCAAACCAGGGCUCACAGGUUAAACCGAAACAAGGUCAACCCCAGCCCAGGCCUCUUACUCCCUGCAUAAAACCCAAAACAAACGUCACAGUUGACGAGAAAGUUGAACCUCUGAACCCAGAGGUAUGCAAGUGCCAAAAACCAUCCAGCAGAACUCGAGAUGCAGGAACUCAAACUGUCGCCAUUCCCGCUGCAGAGAUGUGCGACACCUCCACUCAGUGCAUCUUAACUGCAGACGGUAUGUCCCGACAUCCUGUGUUCAGCGUGCACCUUCCACCUGUCGGCCUGUCGAUGCAACAUGCAGCCACAGGGAGGCAGACUGACACCGCUGCUCAGCCGAACACACACUCGGCUUCAACAGGGAAUGGAGGGAAGAACACGCCCUGGAGCAAGAAGAAACCUAAGGCUGAUUCUCCACCAGGCAACAAUGGGAAAACAUUCCUGAAGCUACCCAUCAACUGCUUUCCAAAUGCUGCAAACGCAACUGAUGCCAGAGGUGAGGAGAGUGAAGAGGACAGCGAUGAGAGAGAGGGACACGAAACGGACCAUGCGAUGAUGACAGGCCUCUCGGAGAGUGCGAGGGAGGAGGUCACAUCUGCCAUCGAUGAGGAGGUCAGAGCUCCUCAGGAAAUUGCAGAUAUUUUGGUCCUGCUCAACGAGAGGAAGACUUAGGAGAGGUGACGCAGCUGGACAAAAAGAAGCUGGAUGGAAGGAGGCAAGAAUCGAAAAGUAUGCCUGUUCUGUGCAUUUGAUUUUUACAUUUCAAAGUAUUGUUCAAAAUGAGUUUGAAGGUUUAAAACCACAUGUAGUAUUCAGUGUUUGUUCACGAAGACAGUGAAAUAAA